AUGGCUAAACUUCUAGAGCGAUGGCACGAGCCUAUGCAUGGCUUGGAUCGUGGUGGAGUUCAAGUUUUAUCAAUGACCAAGGUAGAAAAUUGGUUUAGUACCGCACCUCGCGCCUUGGACCUAUACCUCGUCGCAGAGAGCGGCCAUUGCCUACCAUUUGAUCUCCCUUACGAGCUGUUAUACGAGAUAUUCAAGCAAACGCUCCCAGAGGUCGAAGACAAUAGGCACUUGGAAUCCGAUCCGUUGCUUUACGCCGGAUAUUCCCCUCGCCCAGCUCAUCCUGCUGCCCUUCAAGCGGAAUGCCUUCGCAUCCUAACAAUCUGCAAAGCGCUCAAUCGAAUCAUCGAGGAAUUCUUAUACACAAACGUAUACUUGAGGUCGAAUCCUAUCUGUCUCGAUAGAUUUGUGUCCUCUGCUGCCUGUCCACCGUCCUACACAUCGGCAUCAGGGCAUCCUCGUGGGGAAUAUACCCGCCGGAUUCGGAUGGAACGACUUGAAAGGGUCAAUUCAAUCACAACUCUCAAUCUCAUAAGACUGAAAGAGGUCUGCCCGAACCUUACCGCCUUAUCGAUGCUGGGACGACUUGGCCUCAGCGGGUCGCCUGGACCCGACAUAUGGCUGAAGGGUGUCACGUCCCUUGAGUGGGGUGAUAUAGAACUCAACUCUAUAGUUCAUCGCUAUCUCUCUGGUGGAGUCGACACGCUGCAAUCGCUGAGCCUCCGAGGAGCAUGCGGGGGGACGUUUAACGGAACCCUGGAACUCAAUCGCCUUACAAAACUCUCUAUGGUGUUCUACAGUGCUCCGCUUCCGAAAUUUUCGGAGCUGAGAACACCCAUUCUGGAAUGGCUGAGGCUCGAUAUUCAGUAUAGAGCAAAGGACGGUGCCCUCUCCGAGUUUCUAACCAACAACGGUAGAAACCUCACAUUCCUGUGUAUUGACAACGUCCGUAACUUUUACAGUACAGGCAAGCUCGUCGAGACGUUUGCGGCUUGUCCUCGGCUCGAGACGUAUAUGGAAAACCUCGUUAUCAACACAUCCGACCUCGAUCCUACGCGUAUCUCCUCCAAACAUAAUCGACUACGUCGACUUGUCGUCGUCAUCAAUCCGUCGUCCCCCGGACGAUGGCUCGUGCCGUAUAGUCACAUUUUUACCAGGGAUUCUUUCCCCGCGCUUCAAUCGCUGAUCUUACUCAUCUCGAAUCGUCUCGGGUACAUCCUCGGAAAGAAUAUUUUCGCUGUCCAGCAGGACAUACAGAAGAUGUUUCCACAUUUAAACGUCGAGACAAAAAUGUACUGA